UAUGGAAAGUGCCGUUGAAGGCGGGAUGACCAAGAUGGCGUGUGUGCUGGAGCCUCCGCUCCGGAUGAGCGUGCUGUCUGAGGUUACAGCGAGCAGCCGUCACUAUGUAGACAAACUCUUUGAUCCUGAUCCACAGAAAGUUCUGCGUGGAGUUGUAGAUAUGAAAAACGCAGUGAUUGGAAACAACAAACAGAAAGCUAACCUCAUAGUUUUGGGAGCAGUGCCAAGGUUAUUAUACUUGCUCCAGCAAGAGACUUCGAGCACAGAACUGAAGACAGAAUGUGCUGUGGUCCUUGGCAGCUUGUCUAUGGGUACAGAAAACAAUGUGAAAUCCCUGCUAGACUGUCACAUAAUCCCAGCUCUGCUGCAAGGCUUGCUAUCAGCAGACAUUCGCUUCAUUGAAGCUUGUUUGCGAUGUCUCCGCACAAUUUUUACAAGUCCAGUAACUCCAGUGGAGCUCUUGUAUACAGAUGCUACUGUAAUCCCACACCUUAUGAUGUUGCUCAGCAGAUCUCUCUACUGUCAAGAGUACAUCUGCCAGAUCUUUGCCCACUGCUGCAAAGCUCCAGAUCAUCAGACAAUUUUAUUCAACCAUGGUGUAGUGCAAAAUAUUGCCCAUUUGCUAACAUCUGUGUCAUAUAAAGUACGCAUGCAAGCAUUAAAGUGCUUUUCAGUUUUAGCGUUUGACAAUCCCCAAGUAUCAAUGACCCUUGUAAAUGUGCUGGUUGAUGGGGAACUACUGCCACAAACCUUUGCAAAGAUGUUACAGCGAGACAAGCCUAUAGAAAUGCAACUUACAGCAGCUAAAUGCUUAACAUACAUGUGUCGAUCAGGCUCUAUUCGAACAGAUGACAACUGCAUUGUUCUGAAAACACUCCCCUGUUUGGUUCGAAUGUGUAACAAAGAACGUCUUCUAGAGGAGAGAGUAGAAGGUGCAGAAACUUUAGCCUAUCUAAUAGAGCCAGAUGUGGAGCUGCAGAGGAUUGCCAGCAUUACAGAUCAUCUCAUCUCCAUGCUUGCCGACUACUUUAAAUACCCCAGCUCAGUCAGUGCCAUCACUGACAUUAAGAGGCUCGAUCAUGAUUUGAAACACGCCCAUGAGUUGCGACAGGCAGCCUUCAAGCUCUACGCCUCCCUGGGAGCCAAUGACGAAGACAUCCGGAAGAAGAUCAUAGAGGCUGAACAUAUGAUGGACCGGAUUGUGAAUGGCUUAUCUGAGACUAGUGUCAAGGUGCGGUUAGCUGCUGUCAGAUGUUUACACAGUUUGUCCAGGUCAGUCCAACAACUCCGAACCAGUUUUCAGGACCAUGCUGUGUGGAAACCUUUAAUGAAAGUUUUACAGAAUGCUCCAGACGACAUCUUGGUGGUAGCGUCAUCAACAUUAUGCAAUCUUCUCCUUGAAUUUUCUCCUAGUAAAGAGCCGAUUCUAGAAUCUGGAGCUGUAGAGCUACUAUGUAGUUUGACUUUAAGUGAGAAUGCCGCCCUGCGUGUCAAUGGUAUCUGGGCUUUAAUGAACAUGGCAUUUCAAGCUGACCAGAAGAUAAAAUCAGACAUUUUAAGAGGUUUAAGCACAGAGCAGUUGUUUCGGCUACUGUCUGAUUCUGAUGUGAAUGUAUUGAUGAAAACACUGGGACUUCUCAGAAACUUGUUGUCUACAAGGCCACACAUAGACCAGAUAAUGAGCACACAUGGGAAGCAGAUCAUGCAAGCAGUGACCUUUAUCCUUGAAGGGGAACAUAACAUAGAGGUCAAGGAACAGACACUGUGUAUACUCGCUAAUAUAGCAGAUGGCACUUCAGCAAAAGACCUUAUCAUGACGAAUGAUGAUAUUUUACAGAAGAUCAAGUAUUAUGUAGGUCAUUCCAACCUGAAACUCCAGCUGGCUGCAAUGUUCUGCAUAGCAAAUCUGACGUGGAAUGAAGAGGAAGGUUCACAAGAGCGUCAGGAUAAGCUGCGAGAAAUUGGGAUUGUUGACAUUCUGCACAAACUGAGUCAAUCGACAGAUCCAAAUCUCUGUGACAAGGCAAAAACCGCACUACAGCAAUACUUUGCAUGAUCUUGGGGGAAAAAAAAGUCGGCCUUCCAUACACCACUUUUUUCCUACACCACCUCCUUUUCACAUCGCCUACGGAUGAACAAACAAACUAGUCUCGUUCCCUAGUGCACACAGUCACCUUGGACGUCUUCUCGCAGCUUCUGAUGCGAAUCUCAGCAGCUGCUACAGAAUGGACUACUUUCUAUAUAACCCUUCCAGCCCCCGAUGGAUUAUUAGUAUUCAUUUCUUUUGUUUUCACAUUUUUGGGGAUUUUUCUGAGCUAUUUGGAUUUUUAACGCUGUUGCUACAAUCUUUUGUGUGCGUGGCUAAAUACCUCAACCUCUGAGUUUUUCCUUCCUCUGCUUGCACACCUCCUAAGACUUAACAUGCAACAAAACUUUUUUUUUCCAUAUUCUUCCCCACCAGCAAUUUCCUAGGGCAAUGGAUUUGCUGUACAAAAAAAAAAA